AUGUCAGGUCACCAGAGAAACAGACUCGAGUUCAACAAGAUCAAAAGUCAAACAGGAAAGAAUGAAAGAAAUCUUAACUUUAAGAUUAAACUAAAUCAACUUUUCUUCAAAGUUUUCUUAUACAUUACGAAGAAAUCUUUGAUGAAAGUUGGAAAUUUUAUUAGAGAACGCAAAGUUGUUGUUGGCAAUUUUGAGUUAGGGAUCUGGCCAAAAGCAGAUCUGUGA